UAUAAUUACCUUAGCUUACAAGCUAGCUAGCUAGCUAGCUAUAAAUAUCCAACACUCAAGCCUAGCCUUCUAGCAACUCGCUGUCAAACAACCGAUAAAUUAAAGUAUUACUGAACGUGAUAUGCCUAACCUUGUGGACUACUUCACCGUGUGCGGACUAAGCCACGACCUUGACAAAGAGAUCAGUGAAGGGCGUCUCUCUGCAUUGACUCCGCCCCUCUCUCGAUCGUUCACCUGCAAGCUCCUCUCACGAUUCCCUGACAAGCAGUUGAGCUGGAACCACUUUGAUGAGGCGGCCAUCAGAACACUAUGCAUGCCUGAGGGCCUCGUGUUCAAGAAGAACCUUCCCGACCCAUCCACCUCUACCUUCCACACCUUCCUUGUCACCAGGGAGAAUGGGACACACUCGUACGGAAAUGUUCUAACCUUCCACGAACCUGUCAAAAACGCUAAAAUCCUCAACGUUUUGGAGUCUCUUCAACAGAAAUACAUUGAGAAGAAACGGGUUCCAAUCAGCUCUGAGGCAGGCUACUGUUUCUCUCGAGAUAAGGACCAAUUGUAUUCCCCCAAGUGCUUGUGUUUGAUUACUUCCGAGCCAAUUCAUGAGCCAUUCAAAGUGUACCUGAAGCAGCUGUAUGCAGUGACCGUGGGCAGACAAGUGACCCCCCUCCCUGUGGAGAGCUACCUCUAUAACCUCCUGUUUGAAGUGCCCAUGCCCUCUCCAGGGAAACAGGUCAAAUUCUCAGGUCCCCUUGGUAAGCUGACGUGCCAGCGUCCCUCACUAGACGAGUUCCCUCUCUGUGAUUACUCAUUCAAGACCUUCUUUGAGAUCCUGGGAGUGAGGAACGCAGUCAAACUACUCACCUGUAUACUGUUGGAGCAUCAGGUCCUCGUCAAGGCAUCAGACUACGAGCAGCUGAUGCUCAUCUGUCACUGCUCCACAACUCUCCUCUUCCCCUUCUCUUGGCCGCAUGUCUUCGUCCCGUUCUUACCUGCCUCCCAACGAGGGUUCCUGGACGCUCCCGUACCCUACAUCAUGGGUCUGAGAAUCGACCAAUCAUCAGACAGCUAUCUCAACCUCCCAAACGUGGCGUCCCUGUGCACUGUGGACGUAGACACAGGUUGUGUGGAGUGCCCUGAUGAGCUGCCAGCUCUGCCCAAUGAGGAGAGACUCAUCUUACAGUUGUCAGACAAAGUGCAGGCAUUCAAAGUGAACUGUCCUGACCUCCCUGACCUCCCAUCCUCACCCCCUCUCUCAGCCAGGAAACCAAGUAUCAUUGAUGCACUCAGAGUAGUCCAACACCUGACUGAGAACGUGGGCAACUCUGACCUGAAGAAGCUUCUCACAGAGGCAGCUGUCAACAAUCCUCACAUCCCUAACAUUAUCAACAUAGCCACAAGAGCGGGUAUCAAGACCCCCCUCUCUCCCACGGCAUCACUGGACGAGGGGGCGUAUGACCUCGAUGACGAGGAAGAGGACCAACGAGGAGAAUGGGACUAUGCUACAAAUCGAUCCGAGGCUGACUUUGCCACUGUCAUUAGAGACGUCUUCGCUAGCUACUUUGUUGAACAGUUUUCAAAUUACGAGAACUUCAUCAUCAUGCCACAGCAGAGCCAUGAACAAUGGACAAAAAACAGAGAACAAUUUCAGAAUUUCGACAAAACUGCAUUUAUUUCCGACCAGCCGUCCAAUUGUAGCGAGUUUUUCUCGGCUUUUGUCGAAUCUUGUAUGUUCACUUCGUUCAUCGACGAAAAGAUUGUGACAUUUUGGGACCCGGACAAGACUGGGCAUCAGCUGAGUUUGUUUGACGCUCGAGUGGAGAGUUACAGAGACAAGAGUGGGCUGGCCAAACCACCUACCACACCUGGGUCUAGGAUACCAAGUUUGUCCAGUGAGGGCUGUAUGGAUGUGAGCAUGGAUGUGAUAGAGGAGACUGCCCCUCUCCCUCACGGCCUCUCCAAGGAGGCACCUCUACGCAUACCUACAACCAACGGAACCUUUCCACCUCUCAAUGCAGCACUGCUCAAAAUAAAUACUGAUGACUACAGCCGGGAGCAGCCCACCCCCCCUCCAACCAGGGUCUCAGUCCUGAAGAGAGAGUACAACAGUGACAGUAUGCUGCUGGGGAAUUCCCCGGGCAAAGGUCGUACUCGUCGCAAUGGGUCAGGUGGUGGGAGUGGCCUGUUCUCCUCUCACAGUCACGCCAAGUUUGUGAGUCAACUCAUGAGAGAAAGUAGACUCAGGGUGAAACACAUGCUGGGCAGUAGUGGAGAGAGCGAGAACGUGAUUGAAGAGAACACACACAUAGCCUACCUCUGUGACCUCCUUGAGAGAAUCUGGGGCCACGGUCUCAAGAAGAGAGAUAGCAAGUCUCCACUGUGGGCUCAUCUGAUGGCUUUUGCUGAGAGUUUAGGGGCAGAGGAUUUCAGUCCGUCAGAUAGGGGGCGUGUCUCACCCCCUGGCCGCGCCUUCCUAACCUCCUCCAUGUCCUCGCUAGCCAUGCAGACCACCUCCUCUCCUCCGAGUGGUAGUGGGGAGGAGUCUCCUCGUACCUCACAGACACUGAGAGCUCACUUCAGACGAAGAAAGUUCCAGUCCCCCCAGUUACGAUCUCGGGUGGAGUCCAUCCUCCAGCCACGCUCCUCUACACUCCUCGAUGACCUCAGUAUUGUGCACCAGAUGCGAGAGCUGAAGACGGACGUGGGGCGUACCCGAGCCUGGGUGAGACUGGGGCUCGAGAACAAGUCACUCUCCAGACACCUCUCCACACUGCUGGAGCACAAGGAACUCAUCAUUCGACGGUAUCGUGAGUAUGCAUUCAUUGGGACGGAUGAGGAGAGAGAACAGUUCCUCUACCAUCUUCUCACUCUCACAGCCAGGGACUUCAGCUGCUUCACCACCGGCUUCCUAGCAACCACCAUGACGUAUCGAGUGCUGGUGGUGGGUGAGGGUAAGCACUUUGGACUCAGCACGGCCUGUCUCAAUGUGACUCUGGGAGGGGAGGUGGCAGAGACUGGUGUCAUGGAGAUACCACGCGGAGAGUAUCAGACCGAUAUCACUGGCAAGAACCUUGGUCCCCUGACAUGUCUUCGUAUCGGCCAUGAUAACUCUGGUCUCACUCCCUCUCUCUUUGUGGAGAUGGUCCUCGUCCAUAACCUCACCACCGGUCAGACCUACAGGUUCAACUGUGGUCACUGGUUUGCCCGAUCAGAGGAAGAUGGAAGUGUGGAGAGAUUCCUGGUGGCUAACAAAGUCCCCCAGACACUGGCCAAGUCAGGGGCCAUGAGCGCUCUGGAUGUGGACACUGUCCUCCCUCCAUCACCCAACAGAAGGAGAGCAUCCAGGAAGAACUCAGAGGACAAGUGUUCAGUGAAUGACCUCAAGUUUGACCUCAAGCUCGUCAUGGACAAGAUCAGAACAAAGAAGAAGGAUGCCACACAAGAGUUGCUUCAGCUCAUUCACGGACCCACUGGCUUCCUCUCCUGCAUGCAACAGGUAUUCAACCAUGGAUUCAAGUGCACUCGCAAGUUCAAAAAGCGACUUUUCCCGUGGGACGUGUUGGAGCGUGUUUCCGAGCAGCUGUUGAGUGAGGCCCCACCUAAUGAGGAGGGGCAGCCCCCCUCCCCCGACCCUGUGGCACAUGCCCAGCACAUGUUCAUCAACGCUGUGAAUAGAAUCAAUUCAAACAACCCGAACAUUGGCAAGGAGGAGAAGGCUAUGCAGCUCUUUUGUCUGGGACUGAGAGACCACUACCUCCACAGUUGGGUGAGCCUCCUCUCCCAAUCACCCAUCACUGCCUACCUCUACGAGCCUGUAUCAUUUCUAAGAGACCCUGAGCUGUUACAGAACUUACUUGAUGCCCUCACACUCACUGCGGAUCUGUCUAUCAGAUUAGAGCGACUCUUCUCCCAGGGACUCUAGUUAUCAUUUACCCCACACAACUCUUAACCCACUGAUCGAUCUCUGUUGCUGUAUACUUUAUGCUGAACAAAAUCUAUCUAUGUUAAUCGUCUGUCCUUAAUUUUGUGAAUCAUGCAAUAAUAAUUAUUAUGUUCCCUGUGUAUAUGUAUAUAUAUAUUGGGUAUAUCUGUCACUCUGAUCACUAUAUAUAAUCAAAACUAAAAAACAUUUGCAA